UUCUCUUUCUCCGUCUGAACAUAUGUUCGCUUGAAAACAAUUGUAGGUUUAGUCUUCUCAUAGUGAAAGGUGAUAGUUUUGAUUGGAAACAAAUGUGAUCUGUCAAUUUAAAUUAAUUGUGAUUAAUUAGCUACUCCAAUCAUGGGGAAUGUUGAUAAUUUUGCUUGGAUAACUAGAUUACUAUUCAAUCUUUAUGGUUAUUCAACUAUCCUCUUACCCGUUGGAAUCAUUGUCUAUAUGGUUAAACAUAAACAUUGUCUUCCAUCAUUUUCCAACUUGACACUGAUUAGGUUAAUUGUUUAUGGUAAAGAUGUAAAUUCUGUUACUGGUGGUGGAGGUGGUGGAGAUAUUGAACAAUCUAGAUCACUAUUAAUCAAUGAGAAGAAAGAAUUUGAUGAUAAACCAUUGAUUGAUUCUGAUGGAAGUGUUGAUGGUACCGGUGGUAUUGGUGGACAAGCAAAUAGAAGAGAGAAAAUAAUUCUAUUCUUUACCUGUUUCUUUGGUUUACAUUGUUCUUACCUGAUUUGGGGAGUUUACCAAGAGAAAAUAAUGACAACUGAGUAUUUACUUUCAAUCAAUUCAACCCAAUUUUUGAAAAAAAUCAACGAUGCUCACUUUCCAAGUUUAAAAGGUGAUAAAAUUAAAUUCCACGAUUCACAAUUCCUUGUAUUAACUGGUCGCAUUUUCGCACUCGCUUUUUCAUCGAUCGCUUUCAUCUACACUCAAUCGAGAAAAUCAAACACCAACCAAAGUGGCUCAUCGAAACGUUUUGUUAUCGCUCCGAUUCACGAAUUUUUCUAUUGCUCAUUAUCCAACAUUCUAAGUUCUUGGUGCCAAUACGAGGCAUUGAAAUACGUUAAUUUCCCUACCCAGGUUUUAUCCAAAGCUUGUAAAAUUCCGUCUGUCAUGUUGAUGUCAAGAUUGGUUUCCAAUAAGAAAUAUGAUCUAUUUGAAUACCUUGUUUCACUUUUUAUCUCAUUUGGAAUGAUUAUAUUUCUCCAUGGUAAUCAUAAUGUUCAUCCAUCUUCACCAUCAACAAAAGAAUCAGAUAAUUCAACUGAUUCCCAAUCAAUCAAUACUUCAGCCAAAUUAGCCAAUGGACUAAUUGUUCUUGCCUUAUAUUUAUUGUUCGAUUCAUUUACCUCUAAUUGGGAAGAGAAUAUUUUCCAUAAAUAUCGUAUAUCAAGUUGGCAAAUGAUGGUUACCCUUAAUCUUUGCUCCAUCAUCUUAACUUUAACCUCUCUCACCGAACAAGGUAAUUUGGUACCCGCUUUAAUUACAAUUACAAGUUGUAAUCAAUUAUUUCGUGAUGUCCUUUACAUGGCAUUUUCUUCAACUAUUGGACAAUUUUUCGUUUUCUACACAAUCUCCAAUUUCGGUGCACUUAUUUUCACAAUGAUUAUGACACUCAGGCAAAUAUUUGCCAUUCUACUCUCUUUCAUCAUCUAUCAUCAUUCCAUAUCAAUAGAAUCCAUUCUAGGGAUUACAAUUGUUUUCACUGCAAUCAUUUCUUUGAGGUUUGUCAAGAUUAACAAGAUUAAAAAAUGACCCCAGAUACUAUAAAGACAAUAAGAAAACAAUGCAAUCAACUGAUCAUCAUCACCAUUAUUAACAAAUUGAACAAAGUUAUUUAUGUAUUGUUGUUGUUUUUUUUUCACAAGGCUAAUCAAUGUAAAAUAAUAAAAAGCAAUUACUAAUUAA